GCAAUUACCCACAAUUCCAACUUUAAUGGCAGCACUUGCUGUCAAUAUUUUGCAUUGUGUUGCUUUUAAAUGUAAAUCUAUAACACACUGAUCAGUUGCACAGAUAUGGAGCAUACUUGGUAGUCAUCCCCGUCAUAUAGUGGGAUGGCUUACCGUCGACACCGACAUCAAAACAGACACAAUUACGACAGCAACACUGAUAGUGAUACUGAUUAUUACUCCGAGACGGACGACAGGAAGAAAACCUGUAUUAAACGUACCAGCUCUCUUGGGGCCCCAAAAUCUAAACCAUGCCUUGUUAACCGUGCCAGAACUCUAAGUUUGGAAAAUACUAGUAGUAACGAAGACGGAGACGUUCACCACUUGAGUACAGGUGAUGAGGAAUUCGUCAUGACAAGUCGGCCAUCUCUCCCCUCUAACGCUGUCGGUGCAAGGCACCGGGUGUACCAAGGGGUUGCAUGCCAUACCCAGCCUGCCAGACAAGUCAACUACUUCCAAUCAUACAGAAAUGACCCAUCCAAUUUUUCCUUCCCACCUGACAUGAGUGAGGCCCAGGGAGCUGGUAUGAUGAACCCAGGAAACAACAGUCCACGUGUGUCAGGAGAACGACUGACACUGGUGGUGGACGAAACACGCUUUGUUGUAGAUCCAGAUUUACUGAGGAAACAUCCCAACACUAUGCUAGGAAGAAUGUUCACUUCUUCUUUGGAGAACAAUAUUACUCGCCCAAAUGAGAGAGGUGAAUAUGAGGUAGCAGAAGGAAUAUCUGCAACUGUUUUCCGGUCAAUUCUGGAUUACUACAAAACCGGCUGUGUUAGAUGUCCCCCAAGUGUGACUGUUCAGGAUCUGAGGGAAGCUUGUGACUAUCUCCUGAUUCCAUUUGAGCCAGGAACUAUCAAAUGUCAAAACCUUAGAGGAUUUUUACAUGAGCUGUCCAAUGAAGGAGCUCGACAGCAGUUUGAUAUUUUCUUGGAGGAGAUGAUCAUGCCACAAAUGGUUCAUUCUGCACAGACAGGUGAUAGAGAAUGCCACAUAGUAGUUCUAGUGGAGGAUGAUGUUGUGGAUUGGGAUGAGGAAUACCCUCCACAGAUGGGAGAGGAAUACACACAAAUUAUCUACAGUACUUCCAUGUAUAGGUUUUUCAAAUAUAUAGAAAACAGAGAUGUUGCAAAGCAGGUUCUGAAAGAGCGAGGCCUGAAAAAGAUACGACUCGGCAUUGAAGGGUACCCUACCUACAAGGAGAAAGUUAGGAAGCGACCAGGUGGAAGACCAGAGGUGAUAUACAACUAUGUCCAGCGCCCAUUCAUUCGAAUGUCCUGGGAGAAGGAAGAAGCUAGAAGUCGACAUGUGGAUUUUCAGUGUGUCAAAAGCAAGUCAAUCACCAAUCUGGCCGCAGCCGCUGCAGACACACUCCAAGACCAGGGCUUGGUGCAACAGCAGCACCUGCAAGAUGGAAGCAUCAAUGUCAUUCCUCCCCAACCCUCCCCCUCAGAGCCCUACCCCGGGGUCCAAAUCCCACCUGAGGGGGAUGCAGAGUAAGGAUCCUGGGUUAUUAGAGAUAACACAACCCAUGGUAGAUGAUGUAGGACAAGACUCGAAUGUAUUCCAUGAGAGAGCCUGUACUGCAAGACUAUCACCCCGCAUCACUUGUUCAACAGGGCUUAUGCACUGCUUUCACAAAUACUUGCUCAAACUAAUCAAAGGGAAGAGAUGAUCAAUUUGAUAAAUACCUUAUAAACUUGUAGCAAAUUAGCAGAUAAUGUUUUGUUUUAUACAGUAUAAAGUAUCAUUUAUCAUGCUGAUUGUUAAAUAAUCAAAAUAAGUUAUUCUACUAGUUUAGAUAUAUUUCUAUCAAUUGGCUAUUUAUCAUGUUGAUGUAACUUGAUUUUAGCAUUCACAUUUUAAAGUUUAACAAAAACCAUAAGCCUUGUGAUUUAUUCCUACCAAAACUUUCAUGUUUUUUGCCAUGAAAGCAUCAUUAAUAGCAUGGUGUCUGGUGUCACACUGUGUUGUGAUUUUUUCAGCUAAAGUAACUGCUUCCAGCAUUAAGCAAAUAUUUAUAUCACCACAACUGCUGUUUAUUACAGAGGUUAAGAGUCUUGAAUCAACCACACAUAUUAUAAUAUACAUCGCUGCCAGAGUGUGUAAAUAGAAGGUAGGAAUACAAUUUUUUUUCAUCAGAGUCAUUGGUAACAAAGGAAAAUCAAAUUGAGGGAAUUGUGUCCUCUGUUCAUCUGUAUAUAUGUGCUCAAUAAAUCAGUGCUAUCUGUGGUGCCAGAUAAGGUCUACAUAUAUCAACAUGUCUUUAGAGAAUGUAUACAGGGUAUAUCACAAUUUCUGAAACUAAAAUUAAAACUGUUUUUGAAAGAAACGGGCACCAACACAAAAAAAACCUCUUUUUACUUUGAUGUAACAUCAAAUGUUUAUGCAAUUGUAAUUUGCUUUCCAAACUUGUAUCAUUUCUGUCACGAAUAAGUGAUAGCUGUGCUUCUAAUAUAAACCUUUUUUCAGAAUAUCGGGCACAAGUAGAUGUUGGACAUAUUUCAAGUUUAUUCUCCAUGUUAUAGAAAAAUAUUGAUAUUAUAAAUAACUCGCUGGCAAAAAUGUAAUCUAACUGUAUAUGUGUUCUUAUAAUGCUUUGAUUAUAAACAUGCUCGACACUUAUAAAAUCUAUAUUGUGUACUGAAUGACGUUUUUGUAGGUCUGUAAUAGUUGUUUCCCUUUAUGCUGAAACGUACAACAAAUUAGUGAUGAAAUGGCCAGUGGUGAGAUCAAAGUUUUAUCUGACUAAGUACAAUAUUAAUCGGGUUUGUUUGGUUUUAUUUUAUCUUCAUAAUUAAUAGUAUCUAUCAUUAUUUGAGAAUCCUUUGUUUUUUCAUUGAACAUGAUGAAGCUCAAAUUGGCUGUGAAUUGUAUAGACCAGCUGUUCACACUGCUUUCAAUCCUCUUAGUAAUCAUAUUUGAAGUCAAGCAAAGAUAGGUCUUAAACAGAAUGUCUGAAAAUAACAUACCUUUUUUACAGCCAGUUUUUUCAUUCCGACAUUUCAGAUAUUAGCAGUUUUUGAGCAUGUUCAAACUAUAGACAUGCCUGCUAGGCAUGAAGAUAAGACACUGAUUUUUGAUAGUAAAGACGAAAAACUUGAUUGACUGUUAAUUGAUCCUUAUCAGCUGAUUUCUGAUUGACUGUUAAUUGAUCCUUAUCAGCUGAUUUCAUUACUUCAUUUAAACGUUUCCGUUAAUAAAAGUAGAAUAAUUGAAUAAACUAUUAUUUUUUUGGUUUUGGCAAUAUGUAUACAUGCACAUGAAAUCAUUGAAGUUAGACAUCUAUAUACGGUUAUUUAUAUGCUUCGCUAAUAAAAUUAACAGUGAAUGUUCUCUUUGUGUAUUUGAAAUUAAACAUGGUAUUCUUAUUGUGCUUGAAAUAUAUCUGUCAUAUUAAAAGUAUGUUAAUUUUAAGAAAUCCAUAUAUGAUUUCAUAUACUUAUGCCAUCAGUAUAUUGUAUUUAUGUUAUUGAUAUUAUAAGACUAUAACUUUCUGUACAUUGCCAUUAUUUUAAUGUUUUUGUUCUCAAAGUAGUAAAAAAAUCAUAUGUAAAGUGAAAUUUGUUUAUUUGAUGGUAAGAUCAAUGAUUUUACGAAAUGUUCUGUAAGUAAGUCAAACAUAUUCCAGUUGUCCCUACCCAUUCCAUGAUAUGUGUGGAAUAGAGCACAUGAUGUACUCUUAUGGUCAAGGUCAUCGACUCGGGUUACAGUGUGAGAGUGAUCUUUGAUCCAGCUAUGGAGUAGCAAACCCAAGCAUCAGAAUGUAUAGUUUGUUUAAGUAUAAUGACUAGACUUGUACCUUUUUACAUGUGUUACACAUGUGUCACUAUUAUAAAUGGGGUAGUUUAGCACUGGUGCUGUAAGUCUGUCAAAACCAGUAUUCUGAUUUAUGCAUUGAAACCUGAAACUAUUGAUUAACUUAAACUAGCAAUUAGUGCUGGCAUUACAAGCAGUGUAUAUAUUGUAACUUUUAACAUGUAUGACUUUAACAUGAAUGUUUCCCCUUAAUGGUACUUAUAUUAACAUGAUCUGAUAAACAUGUACCUGAGCAAUAUCAAUAGGUUCUUUUUUUUGUACAUUUAAACUGUGUUGAAGGAAAAUUUCAUUGAGUAUAUUUGAAAGUUUUAUAAGAUGGAUAUCUUCAAAGGAUAUGAAAUUUCUACUAAUGUAAUAUCAAUAUCCUAUAAUUCCAUUGAUGUGACAUGAAUAUCUAGAAUUAAAACAAAAAUAUGACAAUGCUUGGCUACUGAACUUAAGGUGAGGAUAUUGUUGAAAUAAAUUUGUAAGCCAAGUGUAAAGUGCUUUACUGCGGAGUGGAACAACAUUGUGUACAAUAGUAUACUUUGUAUAUUAGCUUGGUGAAAGCUAUGUUUUGUGAUGACCAGCAAGUCAUGUGAUUACUAUGCAGCUGUGUGACACGCCCUCUUGCUGGUAUAUGACACAUAUCCAUUGUAGAAGAGAAAUUAAAACGUUUUUGUAUUUUGAAUAUAUUGCCUAAUUGUGGUAUGAGAUAGAUUUUAUAAGAAUCGGUGAUGAUAUGGUAUUGACAUCUGUCUUUAUAACCAUGUGAUAUUGUCUGCAUAUUGAGAAAUGGAAUGUAUAUUUUGAAUUGUUUUGUUGUCGUUCAAUAUAACUUGUAUUGUGAGAUACCUAGUAUCAUGUAUGGUACAAACAGCACUCUCUGUGUGGCGUUCAUUGGAGGAGAAAGCCACUUUCCCUAAAUAUCUGGAAGGGGUUGUAGGUUGUGUGAUAUACUGUACACUGAAGGAAGUACAGAAUUUAACCUUAUCUAGACUUGGAAUAUUGACAUCAGAAUAUUAUUAAUUUGCUAUACAAAUUGUAUAAUUAUGUUAGAUAUGUAUCAUUUUGGAAAGCUUUUGAGUGGUUUUCCUUGUAAAUAGCUUUCAAUAGCUACAUGUAUCCAAAUACGCACAUGAUUAUAAUUUUUUCUGCAUUUGCUAUUGAAAAAGCUAUAUUAAUAGCUAACCUCAUAAAAUCUACAAUAGUCAAAAGAAAGGAAUAAAAUCUACAAUAGUCAAAAGAAAAGAACAAAUAUAAAAAAAAAUUACCAUUUGGUUCCGUAUAUUUUGUUAACCCCAUAUUUCACCGACUUUGUAACUGAUUCCAUAGUUUGGAACUUGGUAAAGGUGUACCUGAAAAUAAAUCAAGAUGUGUUUGUGAUUGCAGCAUGAUGGUAGAUGGAGUACCUUUGUAUGAUAAAUGACUUAUUUAUUCGCUAAAACUUAAGUCAAAAAAAUCUUUUUCUGUUAUUAUUAGUAGAAUUUAUUUGAAAAUGGAAAAAGCAAGCACAGCUUAAUUUGUAAUAUGAUGCUAUUUAGACAUAGCAUGACACUGCCCCGAUGAGUAUGCUUACCCAUAUUGCAGUAUAACUGGAAAAUGUUUCAUUUAAUAGUUCUUCUAUCAAUUUCUCAAUAUUUCCUAUUGUAGUUUAGCAGUGUAUGUCAAUUCAUGAUUGUUUUCGGGUUUUGUGUCUACUUUCUAAAAACAAUUUCUUCAAAUUCAAACUUUUCUUCAGAAAGUGAAAUAACACACCAGUCUUUCCCAAACAUCUUGAUAAGUUUAAUAUAAUAUGUUAUUACUGUAUAAUUAUGUGUUCUAAACUGAAAAAGAGAAAACAAGGUAGCACAAGUGAUUUCCUGUAUGAUCUACAAUCUUUGUAGCAAUUUGGGUAACAUGCUGAAAGCAAGGGGAAGCUAUGGUGCAUUGUUAACUGUCUUGUUUAUCAUCUGUUGGAUGUUAUUUUUUUUUUCAUUUGCAGUAGAAAAGUACCACUAGUAUAAUGUAUUUAUAUCAAUGUGUGACUGAAACGGCCUGUUGUCUUGGUCAGAAGGAUGAAGUCACUUAAACAUAUUAACAUAGAUUUUGGAUAAAUUGUGUUCAAGUUUGAAAGGAGGUUUUGACUGUAAGGUGUCUCCAAAGAUAAUUCCUUUGUUUUAUGUUAUUAGGAAUUUAGGAUACUGCUGUAUUAAACUAUUUAUAUCCAGGAGAUAUGAAUAGGACUAUUUAUUGAAAUUGUGUAUGUGAUUAUUUUGUUCUCUUCAAAGCAAUGUUAGGAAAUAUUGAAGUUUAAUCCGGUAAUUUUUGUGUAUUAAUACAUUUUUGUCACACAAUUUAUCUAAGAUUAAAACAAAUCUUUUAAUUAUAUCUUGGGUAUUUUGAAUGAUUUGCCAGAUCGAAGCAUCAAUAAAUAUCUUUUUGAUAAAACCAA